AUGAUUUCCAAGAUAUUCGGUAACCCUAAACGAAUUAUAUCAGAUGCAGGAACAUGCUUUACGUCAUGUGACUUCAAACAAUACUGUUCCAAUAAAAAUAUACGUUUGCAUACUGUGGCGACGGGAAUGCCCCGUUCUAACGGUCAAGUUGAACGGUUUAAUAAGACGAUUUUAGAAUCUUUGAAAACUAUGGGAGAACAUUCAACUGAGGAUAGAUGGGAUCAGCACAUUAAGGAAUUACAGCAAGGCUUAAAUAUUACCAUGCAUAAAACCAUAAAGGCGGUUCCUAGUGAAGUUCUCCUCUGCUAUAGACUACGUACGGAUAGUGAUAUGUUAGCUCCGGAGCUUGAUGGCAUACGUAACGUUGAUGUGACCGAGUUGCGAAAAGAGGUUGAUAGAAAUAUAAGAAAUAAUGCUGAGUCUCAAAAAGAGAGGUUCAAGCUAUAA